UCCUAAAAUAAAAACUUCAGUAAAAACCGAGAGAGAGAGAGAGAGAGAGAGAGAUGGGUUGCGUUUCUUCGAAACUGGUAAAGAAGGAACUCGUAAGAGAGAUUCGCGUCAACAACGGCGGCGAUCACAUCGUCUCCCUCACUUCAACAACUUACGGUCUCCUCAAACUCGACGAAACAGUUCCGCAGUUACAGGAACCAGCCAAGGAUGUUGUCUUGGAAUCCGACAAGCCCAAGAGAUCUCCGCCGAGUGAAGAGCCAGAGAUCAUCAACACUUGGGAACUUAUGGAGGAUCUCGAAGACGCAGUGCCCGUUUCGCAUCCACAGAGGAUUAGCCCCAAAUCUCGAGGCUUUUUUGGAAAAUCAUGGAUGAGUCCGAUGAGAUCAGUGGAUAAGAUGGAUUCUCCAAAUAGAAGUAAGAGAUUUUGUGGAAAAGAGAACAGAGGAACUGCCGGAAACAGUUUGAACUCGAGAGGAUUUAGUCCGAACCAAGUUUUGAAGCCGAAGAACGUUCUAGAAACUCCGAAAAGAGGCGUUAUGAGAUUGAGUUUCCCACUGAAAUCAGAUGAACCAUCGACAGUAAUGACGCAGAGAAGGAAGAGCUUCAGCCCACUGUUCGAUCCGGAUCUCGUUGCUUCCUACGAGCGAGAGUUAAAUCAGGAGCAAGAACAGAUCAAGACAGUGAUUUCUCCCGUGCCCGAGAUUCUAAAACCUAUGAAAACGCAGGAAAUAGAGAGUAUCCUCGAGAAUUUCAAGGAGAUCUGCCCACCAGGAGGGGAAAGCUCAGUGAUCAUAUACACAACAACACUCAGAGGGAUCAGGAAGACGUUUGAGGACUGCAACACGGUCCGAGCCAUCCUCGAGUCUCAUCAGAUUCAACUGUCUGAACGCGAUGUGUCGAUGCACUCGGGGUACAAGGACGAGAUCAGGGGCAUAAUGGGAACAAAAGAGGUGAAAAUACCGGCGGUGUUCAUAAGGGGAAGGCUGAUAGGGAGAGUGGAGGAAGUGGUGAAGUUGGAGGAAGAGGGGAAAUUGGGGAUUUUGCUGGAGGGUAUGCCCUCAGCCCGGCAAGGAGGCUGCUGCCGAGGCUGCGGAGGGCUGAGGUUUGUGAUGUGUGUGGUCUGCAAUGGGAGCUGUAAAGUCAUGGAUGAAGAGAAGAAGAAGACGAUAAGGUGUUUGGAGUGUAACGAGAACGGUUUGAUUCUAUGCCCAAUUUGCCCUUGAGAGAAUGCUAUGCCAUGUAUCAAGUGAGAGGGGAAAACCAAGAAGUUGACUGGCUUUGGAUUUUUAGAAUGUGUAAUAAUAAUGAUGAUGUGGGUUGAUGAUUGAUUUAGCUUUGCUUGGUCCUUCACCUUUAAGGGGAUGGAUGCCUCUCAUGUUGUGAUGGAGCUUGUAGUAAUGUAAUUUAUCUGAUUAUUCAAUUCAUUCAUUUCCACUGA